AAGAAGAAGAGGAGGCGUUGAGUGUUAAAUUGAAAACAGAAGUGGCGGGGUCCAUAAACUGCUGUUAGCACCGUAACUUUGGAAAUGUAACCACGGCCAUGUGCUUGUGAUAUCGACGGUUGGAGAGUAAAUUUUCAAAACGCUAAAUAAUGGCGUCGCGAAGCACCAAGCAGCAAGUAUUUAGCCGGAUAAUGCUAUCUACAGCUAGCCACACUGUGUUGUUUACCAACGUCACGAGUUUCUUCUAACGUUAACGUUAGCCACCACUGGCGUGUCUUCUCCUUUUUAUGCCAACGCUGCAUUAGUUAAAUCACCGGGAUUAAGGCAGUAUUUUUUACAUGAAACAACCAUAACUUUUAAGCUAUUUUCCGCAGCUAUUACUAAUUAGCAGGUCAAUAGACAACGGUUAUCGUCAGUCUGGCGACAGUCGAUACUUGUGACAGUUAUCAGCCCACCUACUACUCCGCUGGUGUAUGAUAUCGGGUGAAACCAUAGACUAUGUCCGUCAACGGGACAGUCAUCCCGCACACCCCGCUGGCCGUAGAUUUCUGGCAUGUGCGGAAGUGUCGCGGCGCACGCCUGUUCUUCCUGUCCCACAUGCACAGCGACCACACUGUGGGUUUGACCUCCACCUGGAGCGACCGGCCCAUCUACUGUUCACCAACCACUGCCACCCUGCUCAGACACAAACUGCAGGUGAAAGAACAGUGGAUCCAUCCAUUAGAGCUGGGUGAGCCAUACCUGCUGCCACUGGAUGAUAUCGGCAAGGAGAGGCUGACAGUCACACUAAUAGAUGCCAACCACUGUCCAGGGGCUGUCAUGUUUCUCUUCGAAGGCUACUUUGGCUCUAUACUGUACACUGGGGACUUCAGAUAUACUCCCUCCAUGUUGCGUGAGCCGUGCUUGAGGACCAACACCACUAUAGAUGUCCUGUACCUGGACAACACCAACUGUGACCCCAACCGCACCCUCCCCUCCAGACAGCGAGCCACUCAACAAAUCAAAGAGAUCAUCCGCAGCCACCCCAACCACAAUGUUGUCAUAGGCCUGUAUUCACUGGGUAAAGAGUCCCUGCUGUUGGAGCUGGCGAUGGAGUUUAAAACCUGGAUCGAGGUGAGCUUUGAGAGGAUGGAGACCCUCAAAGCCCUGGAGCUGCCUGAUGUCUUCACCACUGACCCAGGAGCCGGUCGAAUCCGAGCCGUGGAGCAGUCGGAGAUCUGCUCUGCCGCUUUACACCAGUGGAACAAAGAACAACCCACUUUGGCCAUCUUGCCCACCAGCAGGCCCCUGGUCUCCUUUCACCCCAACGUCCAUGUGGUGCCCUACUCCGACCACUCCUCUUACCAAGAGCUAGAGGAUUUUGUGUCUGCGCUUAAACCUACUUCCCUUGUACCCAUUGUAGGUAACUGUAUACCUGGAAGCAUCUCUGCUUUACUGCCCAGCAAAAAGCGCCAUGAAAUCCUCGUGCCUGAGUCAGUCCGACACUACAUGUUGAGACAGCCUGAGAGCCAACUCAGUGCAUCAGCAUACACCAGCCUUCGCCGCAGACAUUUCCGACCCCUUGCUCCCAAAGGGGUGGUAUUUGAGUCUCCUGUAACGGGAUCCAGGAAGCCAUGCAAAGAAGCCUGGGGGGCAGAGUGCCUGGAGCAGGAUGCUUCUGAGGAAGAGAUGGACACAGAAAGCAGUGAAAAGGACUCUGACUGUAUCCUUAUUGACCUGAGCGAGGACCUCGCCCCUAACAAAAACAGAAGAGGGGCUGGAGACAUGUGGAGCUGCAACAUCGUCAAGACAGUGUCUGAAGAUAUGGCGAUGGCAGAGUCUGUGCCACUCAGUCAAUUCACCCAGAGCAACUUUGCUCCAGUGGAGAUCCUGACAAACACCAAGGCCUGCUUGAAUCCUGCCAGGACCACAAAAAGGCCUUUUGAAACGAAUGCCAAAGCAAUCAACGAGACAGUAUCCAAUAAAAAUUACAUUUUUCAGCAUAGCAGACAUGAAAAUGUUCAGAACAACCACACAUUGUCAGACAGUGAUAGCAUGAGUCAGCACAGUGGACUUGGAAUUGAUCAGGACAACGACAUGAUGGCAAAUGACAAUGACACGAGUCAGCACAAUGGAAGUGGAACUGAUCUGAACGACAGUGUGACAUUAUUACAAAGGAGCCUCGAUAACGAUUCCUGCUCUUCAUCCAGCUCCACGACUGAGCUGAGGCAGGAGUAUAUAGAGGAGCUUGAAAAUAGUAUUUUAAAGGAUCUCCCCUUCACAGAGGAGGACUUUAAGCCAUGGGGCCUCCUGCCGCAGAGCUUUGUGCAACGCUAUCCCCUCUGUCCUGUAUAUGAUGCAAAGGAGGAUGACGUCUCAGAUUACGACAGUUAGUUUUUGCCUUGCUUUAGAGGCCUUUUUGUAUGUUUGUGUUAAGAUAAGCACCUUACAAACUUGCUAUUUGUCAUUGGUACCUUCCUUAUUUAUAUAAUUUUCCUUGUGGUGCCUCCAUUUUGUGUGGGUGGCCUGGAGUUUGAAAAACAGGCUUUUGUGAUCAAAAGGUCACUGAGUAACCUUUGCCCUCACCUUUCAUCACGGUAGCCUUGGCCUCCUGGAUGUGUAUGCCAGGGCAGCUUUCUGUGGCUAAAAAAAUUAAAAUUUUUCAUUUAAAAAAAUGUCAUUUCUCAUGUAAUAGGAAAAAUUAAUCAGUGACCUUUAUCACUGUCUUGAAACAUUGGUCGCUUUUUCAUUCUUAAUCCUUGAGCAGUUGAAAAUGAGAGUCAGGGGAUUUUGGAGUGCUUUGAAAUAUCGAUAGAUGGAGAGAAAAUUUUGCUGGAAAGUCAGUCAUAAGCCAAAAUCUAAAUUCAGUUUUUGCCUAUAAGCUAAAAUGAAGUGAGAAAAAGCUUAAAAGCAGUCAUGUUUUUGCCAUACACCAGAUCCGCCUUUUUCACAAGCUCAAACUUCCUGUGAUUGCCUAUCUGAGCUUUGAGAAGAUAUUGUUUAAAAUAAAGUAGUUUUCCUAUAUGUUCUUUAGCAGCUGUGGUAGUGGUCUUUUCUUUGUUAGUCCACUACUGCAGAUAAAUUAGUGUGAAACACUGCUCAACAACAUCCAAAAUACUUUCAUUACGACUUUUUUUUUUUUUUUUUUACUAACUGGUUAUAAUAAUAGUGGGGCGGGGGCUACUUAUCUUAAAUUACAUGCAUGUGUAUUGUAUAGCACAGCUUAAUGUGUGUUUCAUAGUUGCUUUUGUUCCCCAUGACCACCAUUGCCAACUCCAAAAAGUAGCUGCUAUUUUACAUGCUUUGAUUAGAGGUGACAUAAACCAGCGGUGUGCAGCUCGGCUGCCCUCCAAGAGCUUUAACAGCUCACUCUGCCAGUGUUAAUCCCAAAUCUUACUUGUUGGACUACAAUACUCUAUAAAUCUGAUGGAGCUGUAAAUACUUUUUGUUUUGGAGAAAAUAAUGCAUUUGGCUAUAUUUUAUUCAAGUAACUAAAAGAAAAGCAGCACUGUUUGUUUGAAAAAGGAAAAUGUUCCUCUUCAGAAAGAUUAAUUUCUUGUGAAGUAUUGGAAAAGGAAAUCCAAACUUUAAUAUGUGUAACUAAUAUUUAUGUUGAAUACAGGCUCAUUAAGUGUGAAUUCUUUCCUCAGUAAAUUGCCCUUUUAUUUGCAAAUGAA